CUAUGAAUAUAAUAUUGCAACCAUUUCGUCGUUUUAUCCAAAUGCCUAUAAGUACUAUGAUAAUGUAAAUACUUCAUCAUCACCUUAUCCUGGCCCCUAUGAAUAUGAUAGUGCUAUGUCAACCUAUAUUAAUUUCCAAAGCUCUAGUGAUGUGUUGACUGAAUCAGAUUUUGAGGCUCAACUGGAAGGUGCAGAUAAUGGGAUUUAUGAUGAGAGGGAAAAUAAUAAGCACGAAGAUAGUGAAAACGAGGAGGAAGAAAAAAAUAAUUUAUUAGUACUAUGUAAAGGAAUGAAGUUUAGUACAUGGGAACUUGCCGAAUUAUAUCUUACCAAUUAUGCAAAGCAGGAGGGGUUCAGCUUUCGAAAGAGAAGAUGGAUUAUACAUGAACCUGAAAAGGCUAUUCUGGCAGAAGAUAGGAGAGACAGAGAUUCUAAAAUGAUUGAUUGUUCUUGGCACAUUAAUUUGACAUUCCCUAAAACAGUGAAAGAAGUUUGUAUUAACAGUAUUUUAGACUUACCAACUCAAUAUAAUUUGUUAGUUGCAUCAUUUCCAGGCCACAUUAUUAAUAGGAAAGAUUUAAGUAACGCAAUUCAGCAGUUCAAAAGUCAGGCAAAACUUAGUAAAAAUGAUGCAUCAUCAGCAAUUAUUGAAGACAAAACUGAAUCAACAUUUACCUGGGUUUUGCAAAAGCUAAAAAAUUCAUGUGAAAUUGCACCUAUAGUGCUAUAUUCUGAUGCUGAUUCUGCUUUACUAUCAGCUAAGCUUAAGGGUACAUUACAUGAACAGUUCAGGCCUUUUCAUACUAGGUUUUUGGAGAUGCGUAACACUUUGUGCCAUAAGAAAUUUGAAUCAAAAUGGGAAAACCUUAUUAAUGAAUAUCCAGCAUGUAAAAGUUAUCUUAUGAAUAGUACCCAGCAAGCUGAAGUAACCAAUAAAAUUAUCAAAGAUAAACUCAACAGAACUUCACAGCUAACAGAUGUUGUUAGAGAGAUUCAAACAAUAUUUGAUCAACAAUCAAAAAAGGCAGUAUUAGCUGAGUACAAAAAUGAAAUACCAACAAAAGAUCAAAUAGCCCAGUCAAUAUGCUAUGAUGCUGUAUUAGUUGAGAAUUGGUUAGCACUUCUAGAGGAAGAAAUGGCCAGAGAAGACGACUACGAUCAGCCUCAGUCUUUAUUUCCUUCUUUGCUCGAAGAUAUAUCUCAGGAUUAUGAGGCAUUUGUACCGAUGUAUCAAAUUAAACAAAUGGAGUCAAAUGAGUUGCCUCAACUGUUAUCAUUUCAGCACCUUGUGAGGUUUAAGCAAACCUCUAAUGUUGUACAGUCACAUGGUCCUAAACAAAGAUACAGAUUUGGUAUGGAAUAUGCGAAAAAGCCACUUGACUUGGCUAUUCAUGCUAAUAAAGUUGAUGAUUUUGUUAAUGAGAUUGAACGUUUUAUUGAAAAACUAAGAGGAAUAUGUCGACAACCUAAAAGAUACAAGUCUGGUAGUGAAUUACUGAAAAAGAUAACUGGAAAUAAAAAGGAAGGAAGACAUUGUCAAAAGUGUAGGCAAACUGGCCAUUAUGCUCCAUGA